AUGCCUCUCGUGUCCAGCAUCGUGGGCCUUGCAGGCCUUCUGCUUUGGAUGGGUCACACAGUGGGUACCUUAAGGAUGCCCAACACCACACUGGUCCAGGGCCGACCCAAGAACAUAGCUGUGUGGCCCCUGCCUGGCCUGGGGGUGCCCCGGCACCGCCGGAAGCGCCACAUCUCUGCCCAGGACAUGAGUGCCUUGCUGGAUUAUCACAACCACAUCCGGGCCAGUGUAAACCCACCCGCUGCCAACAUGGAGUAUAUGGUUUGGGAUGAGCAGCUGGCCAGGUCCGCUGAAGCCUGGGCCACUCAGUGCAUCUGGGCCCACGGACCCUCCCAGCUGAUGAAGUAUGUGGGUCAGAACCUCUCUAUCCAUUCCGGCCGGUACCGUUCUGUGGUAGAUCUCGUGAAGUCUUGGUCUGAGGAAAAGCGCCAUUACUCAUUCCCAGCUCCAAAGGAUUGCACCCCACACUGCCCUUGGCUCUGCAGUGGUCCUGUCUGCUCCCACUAUACCCAGAUGGUAUGGGCAUCUUCCAGUCGGCUGGGCUGCGCUCUUCACACCUGUAGCAGCAUCAAUGUGUGGGGAAACACCUGGCAGCAGGCUGUGUACCUGGUCUGCAACUAUGCCAUUAAGGGCAACUGGAUCGGAGAGGCACCCUACAAGACUGGGAAGCCCUGUUCUGCCUGUCCUCCCAGUUACCAAGGCAACUGCAACAGCAACAUGUGCUUCUCUGGGCUCAAAUCCAACAGGCUCCCAUGGGUCUGA